CAGCAGUUGUGUGUGGUCAUGUCUUUAUAUGGCAUCCUCUCACUACUCUUACUAUUGCACAGGAUUCAGCUUUCAUUUGUGGGGACUGGACUAUUUUGGACUUUGUAGAUUUAGGUUUUUGGCUGCCUCUUCAAAGAAUUCCCCAACCCGACAAUGAAUCCUCAUUCAUCGAAUUUCUCAAAAUGCUCCAUCAGCGAUUUCAAAAGCACCGUCUACCCAAUUGCCUAUCUCUUCAUCUUUUCCCUUGGGCUUGUUGGCAACCUCAUAUCUCUGUUCUUCUUCGUUUCCUCAUCGUUCAGAAGAAAAGCGUCUUUUUCUCCAGUCAACAUCCUCAUGCUCAAUCUCCUUCUAUCUGAUCUGAUGAUGGUGUGCUCGCUGCCGUUUCGAGCCACCUACUAUCUCAUGGACUACUGGGCCUUCGGAGACAUCACCUGCCGGAUCAUGUCAUACGUCUUCUACAUCAACAUGUACGGCAGCAUCUACUUCCUGACGGUUUUGAGCAUGGUUCGCUUUGUGGCCAUCGUGAAGCCCUUCACAUACGUGCGCUGGCAAAGCUCUAGGAGAGCCUGGGCAUUAUGCAUUGUCAUCUGGCUGAUCGUGUCUGUGGCGUCCAUCCCUCUUCUGAAAGCCGGGACUUAUGUGGACUCUAAUCAGACCAAAUGCCUGGAUCUGAGGCCGUCCCAGGUGGGGACCAUUAUCAUGUUGAAUCGAGUGGUUUUGUUUUUAGGCUUCGUUAUGCCCUUCAUGGUCAUCUCAGUGUGUUACAUUUUUGCAGCCUUGUAUUUGCUAAAGCUAAAGAAGACCAGGCAGAAUCAAAGAUCUCAGUUCAAUCACAAGAAGUCCUGCUCUCUCGUCAUUAUUGUUCUGCUGAUUUUUCUCACGUGCUUUAUGCCAUAUCAUGUCGUCCGAACUCUGUUUUUGGAGGCUGAGAUGGACAUUCAUAACAAUGGUUAUGACGAGUCCUGCCAUUAUAUUGAAAGUCUGAGAAAGGCAGCGGUCAUCACACACUGUCUGGCCUCAGGAAACAGUGCCUGGAUCCACUGCUUUUCAUUUUCGUUGGGGAAAACUUCAUUAGCUUUUGGCGACAACAUACACCGAGAAGACAGAGUUGUAUAACUGAGCAGAAUGUGAAAGUGUUGGAAAAGAUAAAGAAAAAUGAUUCAGAUAGUCAUUUUAGACUGUAGAGUGCUUGGGACCUGUUGCGACUUGAGAGGGAAAUUCCUGGAAAAGACCAUUUCCUAUUUCUGGUGGAUCUGCUGUCCCACGCAGGAUGAACUCGAUUAACCUCCAGCAGGAAAGCACUGUUUCCAUUCCAUGUGUUCAAGACAACAAAACAGAUAAUUAUAUUAAAUCUUUUCCGCACGCAUUUCAGUUUGACUAAAACAACAUGAUGGUACGCAGUGAUGUUGGUCCACUGGUCCAUCUGUGGAGUCAAAAGUUACUUGAGUUUUAUGUUGUGCAUAGAGGAAUUUAUUUGGUGCAUGUGUUUCCAGUUUAGUUUAUGUGCAUUCCUUCUUUUCAGAUAAUAAUUAUCUGCCUAAAUUGGACACAUUAAUUAUGCAUUUUUUUGUAAGGACCUACAUGACAGUAAGUGCUUACAUGUGUGCAGUUCAAAAGGAUUCUUUUGAAGUACAUUAGUGUUGAUGAUAUAUUUUAAACUUGUUUUGAGAUUAUACAACUGAACUCAUCAAGUUUGCAGUUAUUUUUCAUGAUGUAAUCUUCAAAGAUUUUUUAGAGUAUUAUACCGCUUAUUUACUGUCUCUCUCUCUCUCUCUCUCUCUCAAUUCAAUUCAUAUUGCUUUAUUGGCAUGACAUACUUGGAUACAUAUUGCCAAAGCAUUGUACAUAGAAUAAAAACAAAUAUGCAUCCAUAAAUAAACAAAACAAAAUAAUCUCUCUCUCUCUGUCUGUCUGUCUGUCUGUCUGUCUGUCUAUCUAUCUAUCUAUCUAUCUAUCUAUCUAUCUAUCUAUCUAUUUCCAAUUUACCACAAUUGAAAAAAAAUAAAAAAAAUAUGCAGGAUUGCCAAAACUGACCUGUCUAUCUGUCUAUGGAAUUUUUGUAUUAAUUAUUUCUCAUUAUUCAUUGUUAAAUUGUGGAUAUUUAUACAUAC